AGUCGGUUAGUGAGGGCGGGAGGAGCGGGGCGGCGGCGCCGGUGGUGGGGGGGGCGCUGGCGGCCAUGGGCGGGCUGGCGGCGGCCCGGGCGGCUCGCAGAGCCGUGUUGUUGCCCACCAUGCUCACGUUCGCGGUGAUCGUGGCGUCGGGCGGCCUCCUGCUCAUGAUCCAGAAGGGCAUGUUGGCCGAGGUGGACUCGCUGGCCACCGCCCGCGCCUACGGAGCGAGGAGACGGCCGCAGCGCAGCGGAGAGCCCGACCCCGGGCAACAGCGGUUACUGGAGCAGCCAACAGACCCGGACUAUCAGAUUGUUCAAGAGAUUCGGAAUCGGACUAUUCAAAAUGUCUGCAAGCAUAGGAGUAUGCCACACAGCAUCUGGGAUUUAAUACCAACUCAUCGGCGGACCUUACUGAAACAUAUUCUAGUCAACGAUGAAUAUAAGUUUUUGUAUUGUUAUGUUCCAAAAGUUGCAUGCUCUAACUGGAAGCGUGUUGUUAAAGUUCUGAAUGGAGCUCUGGAGAAUGUGGAUGUGCAAAUUAAAAUGAACCACAAGAAUGACUUAGUCUUCCUGGGAGACUUGAAGCCAAGUGAAAUUAAAUACAGGCUCAGAAAUUAUUUUAAGUUCAUAUUUGUUCGAGACCCUAUGGAAAGAUUGUUGUCUGCCUACCGGAACAAGUUUGGUGAGAUUGAAGCUUACCAAAAGAGGUAUGGAAUGGAGAUUGUUAAAAGAUAUAGGAAAAACAUAGGGCAGUCCAAGGGAGAUGAUGUUACAUUUACUGAAUUUUUACAAUACUUGCUGGAUGAAGAUGUAGAAAAGAUGAAUGAACAUUGGAUGCCAGUUUAUAACCUGUGCCAACCAUGUGCUGUGAUGUACGAUUAUAUUGGCUCCUAUGAACAAUUGCACAGUGAUGCACGGUUUGUACUUCACCGUGUUGGGGCCCCGGAGAAUGUUCAGUUUCCUCUAAGACAAGGGUGGUAUAAACCCGUCACUAAAGAGACCUUACAUUAUUACCUGUGUAAAGUGCCACAAGGACUUGUAAACGAGCUUUUGCCAAAAUACAUUAUGGACUUUUCAUUAUAUGCCUAUCCACUUCCAAAUGUUACAAGUGAAUAUUGUAGACAUUAAAAGGACUGUAACGUUGUUGGUAGUUUCCCCCGCCACUUACAAAAGUAUAAUUUGAAGAUUUCUUAUGGCAUCAAUGUCAUCACAUUGUGUGUGAAUGUGUGAUGGCAAUGUGAUUCACCACAUUGCCCCCUCCAGCAUCUCACUUCCAGCACAAGGCUCCCCUCCAGCAUUUCACUCCCCCAAAGUGGUGAGGAUUCAUCUUUUAAGGCAUUUGAGUUCUGAAAGUCUUACCAAUUGUUAUUAAUUUCAGAAUUCGUAAUGCAAUUUUUAGAGAUUACUGAUCCUGGGCCAGUAUACACUGAAAAUAACUUCAAUGUCAGAGGCCCAGAUUGCCUCAAGAGAAGCACGCUAUCUUCUGGCUGUUUGAUCUGUUGUUCUUGACUAUUUAUCCUUGUUCAGACACCUCUCUCCUAACCACAAGUAGGGUUCAGAUGUUACAUCAUUGGUAUUUUUUAAUCACUUGGAUACUUUCAUAAUGUUUAUAUAGUGUAUUACGAUAGAAAGAUGGAAGCCUUAAUCAUGAUAUUGAGGGUAACAUAAUUUGCCACUUAUAAAGCUGUUUACAGUGAGUGUAUAUAAUAUAUGGACUUGAAAUAUAAUUAUUUUACCUUUUAGACUAUAAAAAGCGUGCACUAUCUCCUCAUUAUAACCUUGCUUUAUUCAUUGCUUAUGCUUUCCUCUCCAGAAAACAAUUCUGUGGAAUCCCUUAGCUAUUUGUGGCUUCCACAGAUAGUUUUGUUGAAAGGUGAUGCAAAAUAUUUAGAAUACAAUUCAAUAACUGGGGAGCUAGCUGGGCUGAAGGUUGCACAAAAUGUUUUUUUCUUUUUAAAUAGGUAUAUUUUUAUGAUGCUACAAUAUAGGUCAAAUAAACCAUUACU